AUGGUCACCACGCUGCAGCGUCUACUGCUGUUUUCGUGGUGCCUGCUUGGCGCCGCUGCUUUGGGGAAACCGAGCUCAGGAUGGACCCGCAACGGUUACUCAUGGGGCAAAGGCCAUAGCAACUGGUCCCGCGAUCAGAGCUAUUGGCCCAAUAGCGGGCCAAAAGAGGUGCUUGUGAAGGUAGAGGUCGAGCGCGACAGCAGCAAGAAAAAGAAGAAGUCAAAGAAAAGGCGGCACUCCUCGCACGACAGCUCAUCUUCCGAACAUGAUUCUUCCAGCUCUUCCGAUGCCAAACGUAGCCACCAGAAAGAGACCAGGAAGAAGAAUCGCAAAGAUCGUCGCUCGCAAGGUUCAUCCCGUCUGGCUCCUUCUGAGAUGGAGGAGCUGCAAGAGUUUCGUCGCCAGGCGGAGAUCAAGAAGGUAGCAGAAGAGGUUAAGGCAACCUUGAAUGAGUCAGGGUCCCCGGAUGGCGGCAAAGUGCCAGGCAAGGGCAUAGGUGCCAUUCCUAAGCACCUCACGCCCAAGUCCAAGAAUGGUAUUGCUGCAGAAGCGAGGAUCUUUAAGCAAGAUGGUGUCCACAGCCUCAUCAGUGAUGUGUCGACGUGGGAUGAUGUGCACGGGCAGCUUACAGGCAAUCCUUUGCCUGACCUCAAAGCCCUGCACAAGCAACUUUGCGACGGUGAC